AAAAAAAAAAUAAUAAUAAAAAAUAAUAACAAUCUCAUUUUAAACAAAAAACAGAAUUUUAUAAUUAGCAAUGCCUGUUUCUAGAAUCGUUAGUUCUCCUCAUUUUUCUGUCAUUUCAGUCGAGAAAGUCUUUAAAGUUUUCCCUAACCUUGCCACAUGGGGUGUUGCUGCAGGAAGUGCUGUACUUCUUUUAGGUUCUGAUGUUCCUUUAGUUAAAAAGGAUCUUUUAAGUAAAAUUCCUAUUGCUGGUAGCUAUUGGGCCAUUGCUGAAGAACAAUAGAUUUAUCUGCAGUCAUAGUGUUUUAUAAUGAUUAAUAAACGGCUUGCAUAUUUAUUUGUAUAAUAGAA